GUGGAGCGAGACGAUGAAGAAUCUCAUCUUGUCGCAAAAACCUCUGGAAUAUUCUCCGAACUCGUCGUCUUCAUCGUUUUCGGCCUCUUCGACCGCUUCCUCAAGACAAAUGCUCCUCGACACAGCCAGAGCUAUUUCAGAAGGAAAUCUGGACACUGCGCAAAUCUCUACGUUUUGAAAGGCGCGGCGAACAAACAUGGAAAUCCAGAGCAGAGGCUCACCGCAAUGAUGGUGGACGCUCUAGCUGCGCGCAUAAACCCCCGAGCUCUGGCGCCAGUCUCCAAAAUAUCGGAUAUCUUCACAUCAGAGCACCUGACAUCUUCCCAAAUGCUCUAUGAAUCCUCCCCUUGUUUCAAACUAGCACUAAUGGCGGCUAAUCUAGCCAUUCUUGACGCAACCAAAGACCAAUCCAUGAUCCACAUCGUUGAUUUCGACAUCGGUCAAGGUUUGCAGUUGGCCUCCUUCCUCCACUCCCUCGCAGAGCGCAAACUCCAUCCCUCCGUAAAAAUCACAGCUUUUUGCGAUCCAACUUUCCGCUUCAACUCCCUCGCCGGCAAUCUGAACCUCGUGGGGAACCGGCUUGCGAAGCUCGCGGAGGAAUUAUGUAUCGGGCUCAGGUUCAGCAUUGUGAACCGCAGAACCACUGAGCUCGAUCGCGCUGCGUUGGACUGCAAAGCAGAGGAAGCCCUCGCGGUCAACUUUGCCUUUCUUCUUUCCCGCAUUGCGGACGAGAGCGUCUCUCCGGCGAACCCUCGCGACGAACUUCUUCGGCGAGUGAAGGCUCUCGGGCCAAAGGUGGUCACUUUAGUGGAGCAGGAGAUGAACGGCAACACUUCGCCGUUCGCCGCUAGAUUCGCGGAGGCUUGCGCGCAUUACGGCGCGUUGUUGGAGUCGAUGGAGGCGGUCAUGGCGAGCAGGGCGAGUAACGAGCGGGCCCGGAUUGAGGCCGGUCUGGCCCGGAAGUCUUGUAACUCGGUGGUCUGGGAGGGAGCGCAGCGGGUUGAGCGACCCGAAGUGUACGGGAAGUGGAAGGCACGUUUGGGAAUGGCGGGGUUCAAACCGGUUCAGCUUGGGCCGGAGGUGGUGGAGAACGUUAGUCUCCGGCUUGCUUCGCCCGUGAAUAAACCGGGGUUUAUGCUAAAGGAAGAGGAUGGGCGGGUCGGGUGCGGGUGGAUGGGCCGCAUUAUCACUGUCGCAUCUGCCUGGCAUUGA